UGGCUGGGUUGCGCCUUCUGCUAGAAUCAUUUGAAGUUGACGUACAAGUGGUCACAUGUAUAAUUUAAUCCGGCUUUUUGAAAAAGGCUUUUUUAAUAAGAAAAGGAAUGAGGGAGAACGUUUUCUCUUGAUUCUAUCAUUCAAUCGCGUAAUACUUGGCCAUUUCUUGCCGUCAGUUAUAUUUUGCUGCUGUUUACAGACUCAGAAGGCGGUGUUAGAAAUCGGAUGCACCCUCUCCACUAUUACAUUGUUGCAGAUCCUUUCGGAAAAAUAAUGUUUCAAAGUGAAAAUCUUCAACCUUUUUCCCCGUCCCUGAUGAACUACAUGCCCAACUGCAAUAUGAGGUAUCCCCCUCACCCUGUCCAUAGGAAUCCUCAUGCAGGCAUGUAUAGAUCCUUGUCUCACCACCAUCUGAAUGAAAACCCACCAUGUAGUUCAUCAUCAUUCAAUCAAAAGUCAAUCCCACAGUCAAAUGUUUGCCCAUCAAAAUAUGAAGAUGAAGUAUUUCAAAGCUGUGAUGAUGAGCAGGAGAGACGUCAUUGUGAGAAAUUUAACGAGUUGAAUCAUCCCUUGAUGGCGAUUGACUGUCGGAAAAAUACUGAGAUCAGAUCACUUUCUCCCACAGAUAGCGGAAUCUCAUCUCAAUCGUCAACGCCCGGCCACUUUCAAAAGUACAGGCACGCAUUCCCAAAAAGCAGCCAAAUUAGGGGUUCCUGUUUCAUUAGGGGAAAUAAUGGAGGAAGUGGCUGCAGCGGCAGUGUCGACAGUAACGAACCAAGGGGAACAAAACGGCACUACCAGAACAAUCGAACAAGUCGUAGCCCAAGUCCCCUUCUUAAUCCUUCAUCAGCAAAACCGAGCGGCGGGGAACCUGUGGCCUCCCGUCCCAAACGCCGUUUCCAGGACUGCUGCGAAGGUUUGCCGCCCAUAGUCCCAUCAGCCUGCCUACUUAACAUUCAGCUACGUUCACACCGGCCCGACAGUUUGCUCAAUGGAAGCGAAUGGGAUAGGUUAUCCCAUGCCAUUUGGUGUAAGUACACCAGCCACGAACAAACUCAAGAUACUCUGCGGCGUAAACUACGACUUCGAGAAAUGGUCCACAACUACAUUAGAAGCUACUAUUUGCAUCAAUGCGGUUUGUACAUUGUCGGAUCCAGCGUAUCAGGUUUUGGCGGAGAGAGCAGUGAUAUGGAUCUUUGCCUGGUCAUAUCAGGGCACGAUGUCGAUCAGCGUUUUCAUGCAUUGGAGUAUCUCUAUCGUGUCCAAAAAGCCCUUAAACAAUGUCGUUUUCUUACCAAGUUGGAUGUGAUCAGAGCCAAAGUUCCCAUCCUAAGGUUUUAUGACAGUAUCACUAACUUAGAAGUGGAUCUAAACUUUAACAAUAUCGUUGGCAUCCGCAACACACACCUUCUCAAAACGUACGCACAAUUGGAUUGGCGAGUGCGGCCGCUAGUAUUGGCGGUAAAGCUAUGGGCGAGGCAGCAUGACAUCAAUGAAGCGAAAUCGAUGACCAUGUCAAGUUAUUCGUUGACGUUGAUGGUAAUUUAUUACCUUCAAGCCGGAGUCCAUGUACCAGUCCUACCUUGCCUGCAGAAGGUGCGAGCCGAAAGAUUCUGGCCAGAAGGAGAUAUUCGAAGGCUGCAAACCUUCACAGAAGAAGAGUUGAAAGUACUCCGGUCCAAUAAUCAUAUGACACUUGGUCAGCUGUUUGCCGGAUUUCUAGACUACUACGCGCAUCAUUUCAAUUACGGUGCGCACGCAAUGUCUAUAAGACUUGGUGGGACAAUUCCCUUGGAACAGUGUCGACAGUAUAUGUCUCCUAAAAAUGAUCCACAUCAUUGGAAGUACAUAUGCAUCGAAGAGCCAUUUGAUCGGACCAACACGGCUCGCUCUGUAUACGAUCCUGCGGCGUUCCAGAAAAUUGUCGAUGUUUUUCGUCAAUCGGCUGCUAAAAUUAGCCAGACCAAGGAUCUGUCGAGUGUUAUGACCUAAAUGCAACAGCUGAUUCUUUAGCUAAGAAAGCCGAUCCAUGCCGCAUGCGGCGCAAUAGAUAGCCGCCAAUGAUACAGGAAGAGGGAGAAAAUUAAAAAUAUUUUGCCUUCUUUAAAUUUUAAACUUGUUGUUUAGCUAUGUGUGGAAAAACAAGAGGGAAAAACGACUUCUGAGCCAUGGGGAAAAGAAAAUUCCGAGCUAGUUUGCCGGUCAUUUCUUUUUGCCAUUUGUCCUUUCGCCUUGCAAAGUCUUGUGCCAAUUUUUUUCUAAUCUUUUGGGCGUAAAGUCAAGAUUUAUCCAAUGUUCUGUAUGUGUGCACUAUUUUGACCCGAGUUCCUUUUUUGCAUUUGUUUGAAACUAAUUCCUAGUAACCAUCUGGUCUCCAGCAAAGAAAAGCGUGCAAGCGCAAAGAAGAAGAGGCGUUAAUUGGUUAGAAUGGACUAUGCAUUUACAUUGGAGUCAUAUACGAUUUGUUUAAUCUGUUCCCAUAUAUUAAGGCGCUGCUAUGGCUUUUUCGCCUGAAUGUUGUUUUCAGUUCAUGUUUUGGAAUUAUGUGUAAAUUUUCUUUUGGAAUACAAUUUGGCAAUCAAUCAAAACUAUCGUUUAAACCAUUAAGUUCAUGUCUCCGUGGGAGAAUUCAUGCUUUUGGCUGGUGCCUGUCAAACUUCCCGCCAAUUUCCAAUCGCCAUCUGUUGUUUAAAAAUUCAAAACACUUGGCAGCAGACGAAUUUUUUAAAAGAAAUAAAAAAAAAAGUUGGUCAUCGUGACGUUUCGGGUUUAUUUACUAGCAGUAUUUAAUCGAGAAGCGCCUGUCAAAACACUCAACGGAAGUUUAAAAGCGAAAGGUCCGUGCAAAACAUGUUACACCAACGUCCACCUUCGGUUGUGUAUUUGUAGCUUCGUCAACCAGAUAUUUUAAAGUAAUCGUGCAGAACUGCAUUCACUUUGGCCUCCUUUGUUAGUGGAUUGCUAGCCUUCAUCCAAGAAAGUGUUUUAGUAGAGGCUUUUCCACUCAGCAAUUCUGUAGCUUGAUUGUUUGUGGUCAUCAUGGAGGAUGAAACAAUUGCAGUUUGUCUCCACAUUUACGACAUGACAAGAGGAAUGGCUCAACUUAUGUCUGCUGCUAUAUUGGG